ACUGCGACAUUUGACAGCGAAGGGGAAAGGUGCGGCGAGAAGAAGAAAUGAGCGGAACAACACUCUCACCGCAAAUUCCAAACCAGUGUUUCAAACCCUCAAACAGAACCAGAUUCCCCACACUUUCCCAAAUCGAAUUCAUCUCUUUCCGCCACCAACACCACAACCACAAUCUCCCACUCCUCUGUUCCGCUUCCAACCCCUCCUCAUCAUCGCCGCCACUAGUGGUUAUUGGUUCCGCCAACGCCGACAUCUACGUCGAGAUCGAUCGGCUUCCGCGCGAGGGCGAGACUCUCGCCGCCAAGUCCGGCCAGACACUCGCCGGCGGCAAGGGUGCGAACCAGGCCACGUGUUCGGCGAGGCUUUCGUACCCGACGCACUUCGUUGGACAGGUUGGGGACGAUGCUUAUGGGAAGCUGGUCACGGAGGCUCUCCGUAACGGUGGGGUUUGCAUUGAUAACGUCACCGUGGUUGCAUCAAUGUCAACGGGUCACGCCGUAGUGAUGCUCCAGUCUAACGGCCAGAACUCCAUAAUCUACAUUGGGGGUGCCAACUUGAGUGGCUGGCCCACUACCCUGCCACGUCAUCAUUUGGACCUCGUGGCCCUCGCUGGCAUCGUUUUGUUACAGAGAGAGAUUCCCGACCCUGUUAACGUUCAAGUCGCAAAGGCUGCAAGAAGUGCUGGUGUGCCGGUAAUAUUGGAUGCUGGGGGCAUGGAUGCACCUAUUCCGCCGGAAUUAUUGAAUUUUGUUGAUAUUCUGAGUCCUAAUGAAACUGAACUUGGUCGCCUUACGGGAAUGCCGACUGAAAGUUUUGAAGAGAUUACACAGGCUGUUGUGAAAUGCCAUAAGUUUGGAGUUAAGCAAGUUCUUGUGAAACUAGGGGACAAAGGGUCUGCUCUUUUUGUAGAAGGAGAAAAACCAAUUCAGCAACCUGCCAUACUAGCUAAAACAGUCAUUGAUACAACUGGAGCUGGGGAUACUUUUACCGCUGCUUUUGCUGUGGCCUUAGUUGAGGGCAAGUCCAGAAAGGAAUGCCUCAGAUUUGCGGCUGCUGCAGCUUGUCUUUGCGUUCAAGUGAAGGGAGCCAGUCCCAGCAUGCCCGAUAGGAAAUCUGUUCUUGAUCUUCUUAAUUGUCAAUGACAAUACUUGCUAAAGAUGUCACAAUUUGGACUAUCAGGAACAGAAUAACUGUGUGUGCAGAGGGAAAAGCACCCUUGAAAAUGGCAGCAACGAUAACUUGUUCUGAAAGAGCGUUUCUGCAGAUGGAUUCUUCAACAUAAUAAACUGUUGUCAUUGUAAUAAGAUUGGGCUAUACGCUUGCCUUUUGUUUGACAAUGGAGCGAGAAAAUGAAGAGGAGAAAAAAUGUUUUUUAUGUGAGAUGUUUGGUUUAAGAGAAAAAAUCAAGGAAAGAAAAUAAGGAACUUCCUGUAGGUUAUUUGGAAAAAGUGAAAAUGCCCAAAGGUAAUCUGUUCAAUUGCACUAUACAUUGAUUUUAGUGUCGAAAAAAUCGAUU